AUAGAACAUACAGCAUGCUUUAUUAUAUGAUUCGAUAUUAUAGUAUUAUAUUUACUUCAAACAAAUACAUCCAUGUGCAAAAUACAUUAAAAACCUUCUCCAUUUCAUGCUCCCAAAUACAGACUUGCACAAUAUCCUCAUCAUAUUACUUGUUUGUUUGUUUGAUCUUUUGCUUUUGUUUUUUACUGCAGGCCACUGUUAGUGUCAAAGCUCCAAGGAUACCUCACAAACCCACAAUCCAAUGUAACCUAGCAUCAACAACUGUGAUUUGAAAAACAUUUGACCUGUGGGAUAAUGUUAACAUGCAGAAAUCUAAAUAUUUAAGUCUCUGGGUAGAUAAAUGAGUGGUGAAAAUGAACACCCUCACCUCAGAUGUGUUCAGUUUGUGGAUAUCAUGAUGCUGUGGCACCUUCACUGAAUUAGUUGUCAUCCUACUUAGUCUUAUCAGUUUGUUCUAGGUAAGAAAGCGUAGUUGUAGUAAAACAAAAAUAAUUUCCGAUGUUAAAUGUCUUAACUAGUAUUUUGUUAUGUUGUUUCUUCCAGGUCUUGAAGUUAUAAUGGGGGGAGACACAUAUCUUAAUAAUUCAAAUUUAACACGUUUUAUGACUAUUCUGACCAUGGAAUCAUUGGACAUACCUCCAUCCAGUGCUUCUUCAAUAUUCGUUUUUGGUAUCAUCACAUACUGUUUAAUUUUGUUCUUCCAGUCCAUGCUACUUGUGACUAUUCUUGUAAAAAGGGAUCUGCAUAAACCAAUGUACAUACUGCUGUUUAAUUUGUCCGUAUGUGACCUUAUGGGAGCUACGGCUUUUUUCCCACAAAUGGUUUGCAGUAUACUGUCUCAGAGCAGAGAAAUAUCCUACCCUACCUGUGCGUUACAAGGCAUCCUAAUUCACCUCUAUCUAUGUGGAUCACUUUUAUUUCUCACUGUUAUGGCAUAUGACAGAUACGUUGCCAUUUGUAAGCCUUUGAGAUACCACAAUCUGAUGACACAAGGUACCUUGGUGAAACUUAUUUUUAUGGUCUGGUCCAUAGAUGUUGUUAUAAUUGGGUCUGUAUUUACACUCACAAUGAGCAAAGAAAUUUGCAGGACAAACAUAGUGGACAUGUACUGCAAUAAUCCUUCUUUAAUGAAGUUAAGCUGUGAGGAUAUGAGAGCAAUUAACUAUUAUGGCUUGUUUACUAUAGGUCUUGUACAAGGCCCUUCCAUACUGAUAGUGUCAUUAUCAUAUAUCAAAAUCCUAAUGAUCUGUAUUUCUACAAAACAGGAAAAAUCUAUAAGUAAGGCAAUGCAAACCUGUGGGACGCAUUUAAUUGUUUUUCUGAGUUUUGAGAUUAACACAUUCUUACUACUGAUUUCACACAGGUUAGAUGCAGUAUCUCCACACUUAAGAAGAGCCUUUGGUGUAUCAGUUGUUAUCUUUCCUCCCAUUCUUAACCCUCUAAUUUACGGGUUAAAAACAAGGGAAAUUCGACAAGUGAUAUUUAAGUUUUUACAAAGAAAGAUUUCUUCUAACAGAAAACUAAACUAA